ACAAAGAACUGACUUCCUCCAUUAACCUCCAUAACGAUUUUUUUGAUCUAUUCAUAAACGAAGAAAAAUAAAUACAUUUUGAAAAGAAGAAGAAGAGUUUGUUAUCAUCGUCAUCAACAUGUCUGGUUCUUCUGACAGUAAUAGCGUACAGAGAAUAGUAAUCAAGAAAGUGUUAGCAAAGCUUCAGAAGGAAGGUGAAGGCACUGUCGUUAGAAAUGUCAUCACAGAGAUUGACCGGGAGUUGUUGGACCCUUUCGUAUUGCUAGUUGAAUUUUCCUUUUCGCUUUCAGCUGGAUUCCCAGAUCAUCCUCACCGAGGUUUUGAAAGUGUUACAUACAUGCUACAGGGAGGUAUCAUUCACAAAGAUCUCAGAGGUCAUAAAAGCACAAUCCAAGCCGGAGAUGUUCAGUGGAUGACAGCAGGAAGAGGAAUCAUUCAUUCUGAAUUUCCAGAACAAGAAGUCAACAAUGGAUUACAGCUUUGGAUCAACCUCCCUUCCAUUCACAGAAUGAUCGAGCCAAAAAAUCUUGAACUGUCGAGUUCGAAGAUUCCAAGAGCAGAAGAAGAUGGAGUAGAGGUCAAAGUCAUAGCCGGAGAUUCAAUGGGAAUCAAAUCUCCUUUCUACACAACAACACCAAUCAUGUUCCUUGACUUUACCCUCAAGCCAGGAUCUCAAACCCACCAGACCGUUCCAGAAUCUUGGACCGCUUUCGCAUACAUUAUAGAAGGCGAUGAAGGUGUGUUUGGUUCCUUGAACUCUUCUGCUAUAUCGGCGCACCAUGUUGUUGUGUUUGGAACAGGGGAUUUAGUAAGCGUGUGGAACAAGUCAACUUCGAGCUCGUUGAGGUUUCUGUUGAUUGCAGGGGAACCGAUUGGUGAGAAUGUGGUUCAGUGUGGUCCGUUUGUGAUGAAUUCGCAGGCUGAGAUCGAUAUGGCGUUUGAUGACUACCAGAAUGCUAAGAACGGGUUUGAAAUGGCUAAGAGUAGUUAGAGAGGUCACAGUGAACAGUGUUUGUAAAACAAAAACCAUAUGGAUUUUAGGGUUUCGUUUUCUUUGUUUCAAAUUCAAGAUGAGAUCAAUGUUAGGGGAAACUUAUAACAAAUCAUAUCUUUCAUAAAGUCGAUUAGACUCGAGAGUCGAGAUUGUACUACAACUUUGACUACAAAGCGAAAUUCUGCUCAGAGAAAG